CGUAUGGGUGGAGAGACUCUCAAAUAUGUGUGUGUUCAGACCCAGAGCUCUGCGCUCAGACGCUCACAGUGGCGUGGAGAAGAUGUUUACCAGCGCUGGACUUUGUUCCAGAAGCCAUUCUGAGUGUCUGAAUGCAUGCAGAUGGAGAGAGGAACGACAGAAGUGAAUAAAACAAACAUGGAGAGCAGAAGAACGAGGAGCACAGGGUGAGAGAGGAUGGAGGCACGCUUCUAGCUGAAUGCACGGACUGAAGGGUGAGAUGAAUCUGCUGUGCAGCUGCAGGACGAAGAUGAGUGUGUGUCGUCUGUGUCUGCUGCUGUCUCUGCUCUGCGUCUGCGCUCACGUCUACAUGCAGCUCGAGGGUCUGCAUCUCCGGAAACAGAGCCAGCAUCACAGGACUGUCGCCACGGCAACAGAUGCUGCAGCUGAUGCUGGAUCCACCUGCUGCUCAGCGCUGAAACAUCACAGACAGGUGAGUGAGAGUCUGUCAUCUUCUGUGCAUCAAAUACUGCAUGAAUCUGCUGUGCAGCUGCAGGACGAAGAUGAGUGUGUGUCGUCUGUGUCUGCUGCUGUCUCUGCUCUGCGUCUGCGCUCACGUCUACAUGCAGCUCGAGGGUCCUGCAUCUCCCGGAAACAGAGCCAGCAUCACAGGACUGUCGCCACGGCAACAGAUGCUGCAGCUGAUGCUGGAUCCACCUGCUGCUCAGCGCUGAAACAUCACAGACAGGUUUCUCGAUGGAAGAUCCGGCUGGAGCCGUGGGCCGCAGAGACUCGAGGUUUUCAGGAGGAAGCGGAUCGGUUCCUCAGAUACAUCUCCACUCCGCAGCUGUCCUGCCAGAGACCCGCGUCUGUGCCGCCGGUGUUUGAAGCAGAGCAUCAUGGGUCGUGGCUGCUGUGUUUGGACCGCAGGUUCAGUCUGGCACAGCGCAUCGUGUCCAAACACUGCCGCGUCUAUUCGCUCAGGCUGGGAGCGGAGGAUGAUGCUCUGGAGCGUUUGUUGGCCGGCUCCGGCUGUGAGGUUCACUGUUUUGACCCCAGCAUCAGACGAGCUCAUCUGCAGGAAGAUAACAUGUGGCUCCAUCGCCUCUCUGUGGACUGGAGGGACCCAAACCCCGCCGUCCCGAUCCAGAGACUCCACAGCGGCUCCAAGAAACUCGCCGCCAUCCUCAGACACUUCGGACACAGACAGGUGGACGUGCUGAAGGUGGAUCUGGAAAGCGCGGAGUGGAAGAUCCUGGAGAACCUGAUCCUGGAGCAGGUGCUGGACUCGGUCGGUCUGCUGCUGCUGGAGCUGCACCUGCAGUGGGCGGGGUUUGAGGUGGGCGGGGACGAGCCCUCGGUGGUCCGCUAUUGGUUCAGUCUGCUGAGGGAGCUGGAGCGCGCUCACUUCCGCCUCUAUCACAGCUACAGCGACCCGAGCAAGCCACGCCUCUUCCUGCACAGAAACCUCCGGAACACCAGCAGCUCCUUCACACUGGGCUGGGUCAACACACGCUUCCCGCUCUGAAGAAUGCAUUCGUGACUCCUCUAGACGCCUGAAUGCCUCUUCAGAAGCGCUUCUGUCUGUGAGGAUGUGUGAGAACGUGACAUAUGUGACCCUGGAGCACAAAACCAGUCAUAAGGGCCAGUUUUGCAAGACUUAUACAUUAUCUAAAAGCUGAAUAAAUAAUCUCUCCAUUGAUGUAUGGUUUGUUAGGAGGACAAUAUUUGUCUGAGAUACAACUAUUUGAAAAUCUGGAAUCUGAGGGAGCAAAAAAAUCUAAAUAUUGAGAAAAUCAUCUUUAAAGUUGUUCAAAUGAAGUUCUUAGCAAUGCAUAUUACUAAUCAAAAAUUAAGUUUCUAAUCAUUUUGGCCACCACUGUAUAUAAUCUAUUAUUAAUAGCUAUCAUUUUUGUGAAAAGAGCAGGUGUAAACAUCCAAAAUGCAUUUGAGAUGUUAAAAUGACUAUUUUAUUUUCAGUACAGAAUAAAAUAUGUGUAUGGUAUAUUUUUAAAACAUGUUUCUUGAUAAAAACGGGUUGAAUUCAGAUAUUCAGAUAAACAGGGUGAACUGAAUUCAGUCAACAUUUGUACAAAAGGACUAUUUUGCUAUGUUUUCAGUACAAAACAGAAUAUAUUUAUUGUUUUUUGUCAAUGUUGCUUGAUAGAAAUGAGUUGAAUUGAGAAAUUCAGACCACUUUAUGAAUAUGAGCAAACCGGAAUUCACUCAACAUUGUGUGUAAAUACAGUGUGUAUAAAAUAUAUUUGUCACAUACCUUGACUGUUGAGAUUGCUGAAGUGCAUUCUGGGAUUGUCUUGUUCAUGAAGGGAUGACUGAAAUGUUUUGUAUAAUUACAAACCUACUGUUGUGCAGUUAUGAUAUAUGCUUCUGUAGAAACAGCAGAUGUGCUUUCCCAUAAAAUAAAUGAAUAAUAAGUGUUUAUCAGCA